AGUGGCGAACCAGCUGACCCGCGACGCGGUGAUCCUCGAAAAGCGCCUUCCUAUCGAGGAAGAGAUGAUCUCUCUCCGCGAACACCUCCGCGCCUAUUUCGGCGACUUUGUCAACGAGCAAUCCGUUCGCGACGCCAUCUUCUCCGCUUUGGAUGCCAACGGCGAUGGGCAGGUGACGCCUUUGGAAUUCCAGCAAGCCCUGGCCGGCGGGAUCCACUGGCCCCCGGGGCCGUCUACGCACGCCGCGGUGAAGAGGCGAAGGCGCAUAUUUUUCCACAUGGACCGGGACUGCAGUGGGGAGCUGGAUUUGGAUGAGGUGAUGAAAGCCUUGUUGGGCGAGAUCCCCACUUACGGCAUGGACAAGAAAUUGAAGGAGAUGCAGGCGUUGGAGGCAGACGAGAUUGCCGGGAAGGAGCGGCUGAGCAACCUGUUGAGUGAGUACAAGUCGCCCGCGUCUGGGGGCAACAAGGGCGUGGAGGAACUGCUGGAACAACAGCAGCAGCAAGCCACGGCGUGAGGAACAAAAAGUGGAGGAGGUUUCUUGUAUUUUCUAGUCCUAUUUCACGGUUCUUUUAUCUUCGAAAAACUACAACUAGCAGCACAUGAUGCGCAAAAAAAGUCUUCCGAAAGUGCAGGACAGUCUCAAACUUUGAACUUUAACAUUACACUAAACUAUGCUACGAUAUUAAGCUUUUACAGUAUUUAUUUUGACAUGUACUACAGUUACAAUUCUAUUCUUUUGAUUACUUCGAUUCAGCAUCAGCACACCAAAAUUUGUCCACUUGUACCAUAGAAAUUCAACCAAGAGUAGUUUUUGUUGUUCCCAAAACAUAAACACCAACACCUGUACCCCGAUAAAAUGUCUGUCUGUCAAAUAGACGCUUCAUUAAGGAAACUGACGCUCUCGCCGGUUUUGUUUGCUCUGUAGUAUCCCGCUUCAUCUCAAUUCCAAGUUUUCUCUUUCAGGAAAGCAGCAAUAUAUAGACAACCAAGACCAACGCAAAAAGCAAACCCUGCUACGCGACGUGAGUGGAAUGAGAAAAGCAAAUAAGGUUGUCAAUGGUUAUUUCCACGACCCGUCAGGGAAAAAAAACGUAAAAUCCCAGAUAAAAAGACAGGACCCCUGUUUAGAACUACGACAAAUCUUAAAUCCUUUUCAAAUCUACAUAUGAUUGCACGAAAUCAAGGCACUAGUGCUGCUGUCCCGUGAGACCGGCGCGCGGACGAAGAACUACUAAACGCAACGUAUGUACACGGUUGUUUUUUGAAGAGGUGGUCGUACUUCUUGUCGUCGUUCGUGUUGUUGUUGUUCCCCUGCGGUUUGUUUCCGUUCAUCAUUUUCCAAAUCUGCAUGCACUGCUCGAAGGUGAGCGUGGAUCCGACCGGCGGGAAGACCGGUGGGCUGUUGGAGCUGGAACCCGGAGUAUUGUACUGUUCCGCG